AUGGGCAGAGAGAAGACAGAGUCUUUUAAGGAGUAUGAGCUGAGAUUGCGACGGCUGGUCGAGGUCUACCGUGUCAAGGAGCUUCCUAAACACACCGAUGUCACCCAGACUCUGAGGAUGUCAAUCCCGUCACUGACUUUGACGGUGAUGCAACUGUCUGAGACGGUGAACAUGUUACUGAAACAUGUGGGUAUGGCGGUGCCGGAUGUAACGUCGUUGGACUUCCUGAUGAACGCGAUCCCGAACGCCCUUGGUCCUGAUGAGUGCUCGGAGUGGAAGGUCUUCAUCGAUGCGUCGAGGAAGGCGAGAAUGUCCAAGGAGAGCGACGGCAUCAACCAAGGAGGCAGCCAACACCAUAGGCAACAUCAGCAAGUAAAGAAGACGGUGGCCGCUCAGACGAAUGCAGGAGCAUCGUCAGGAAGCAAUACCGUCAGCGCCAACAACAACCAUAACAGCUACCCAAACGGCCAUCAAGGUCAGUAUCCCGGCAAUCGAGGCAAGAAGGUCGAGCUCCAACCUAUGGGUAACUACAUCGACGGCACCUCGACUUUAUUCUCUCGCAACAACUGCAACUAUGGCGGUAACAGCGAUCAAGCAGUCUACAGCCACGGGAAAAACAGUCGAUAUGGGAGGUCGCAGCAGCAUCUCGCUCAUCCCUCGCCUCGUCACUAG